UAUAACUGUUUCUAGGCCGCGCACAAUUUCUGGUGGGAAACCAAAGACAACGAAAACGAUAGUGGAAAAGGAAAUCAUGCUAAAACGUAAUUUACAAAGCAUCCAACUGACAUUGGCCGAUCUGGAGGAAUAUGAGAAUGUGCGUCGUCGCAACAAGACCAAGGCCGCCAUCGAAGCCGGCCGCUGCUCAUCGGUGACUGUGACCGCCACCGAAACAGCACCAUCUUCGACUAGCGACUCAACAUCGGAGACUGGCAUCACCCAGGAACAACGUCCGGAACGCUCCAACGUGCCCGGAUGGACAACGGCCACCAUUGCAGACAGCAACACCAAUUCGGGAUCCACCGAGGACGAUACCAGCGUGCAAGCUGUCGUUGAUGAUAAUGACACCAUCGCUGAGCUAAGCGACGACGGUUGGGUGGACAUUGACGAGGAAGAUGAAGAGGAGGAAUUGGAGGGCGCCGUUGGAGGCGAAAUUUAAUGGAGACUACGUCAAGCACAGGACAAGACAUACACACAGCAAAGCAAUUGCUGCACUCAUUCAAUUUUAACACAUUUUUGUCACUAUAUCACUUUCAAUCAUUACACUAUUCAAAUGUAGCUAACAAAAUAAAUAUAAAC